AUGAACGCCAUUGAACGCCUUGCCGUCUUUAGUGAGACCUUCACUGAUGAAGAGCAAACAUGGUUCGCAGUCAACCAAAUUUUGUUGCAUUUUGCUGAAGUUCGCACAAAGACCAACCCAUGGCACCUUGACGCGUUAGCUGAGGAAUGUCUGAACACCGUCCACGGAACAGUCAUCGCUAUGGGAGAGAAUAUUCAUUGGAACCACGAGUCAAUUGAACCCAUCAUGGAUGAAUUCGUGGACUUUGCGUUCAGAAUUGAAUACGAAGAUGAAGAGGAGAAGGUUUAUCUGAGAGCUGAAAUGCUGAUUAAAAUUAUGAUGAUUUGCCGUGAAUCCAACGAAGAAGAUGAAGGAUUUGAAUCGGAUGAGGAAGCGGGAGAGGAAGAUCUGGAGGAGAAUGACAAUAAUGAGACAUGCUCCAAUGUUCAUCGACUCAACAGAAAUCAACUACUUAAUGGUAUAAUAGAUAAAUCAAUGUCAGCAUUGAAAUACGAUUUCAAAUUGCCAUAUUUUGGAAACGUCUUCCUGUAUGAAAAAUUGUGCAACGAUGUUACCACAUUGAUAAUAUUUCUGUGCGCCGUCAUUCUCCUGUUGUUGGGAAACUUUGGCGAUCCACUCACUUGUACCUUCCCAUCAUUUUACAACGAAUUUUGGACCAAUCUCUCACAAUUAAAAUGUUGGGAGCGAUUCGAGACUCACAUGUUCGCCGAUUACUUUGAGCAGAAACGAAUCGCUGAAACGAUCAAACAUACCCACAUCUGGCUAAUCAUCGUGUCGCUGUCAUUUUUUACUGUCAAAUUGAUCUAUUUCGGAUUUGAAUGGUUUGCUGCGGCAUCGAUUGAACCAUUCUGGGGCACGACGAUGAAUGUUAAGAAUAAAUCGAACAAGGUGAUAGAAAUGGCAGUAAAGGAAAUGGCAAAACUAUUAACCGAGUACCGCGACGUUUUGAAAAACAAUUUCCAAUCACGGAUAAUUUUGAAAUUCCUUACUAUCAAAAUUUUCUAUGCCGCCUUUUUUGUUGGCGUUUGGUUGGCAAUGUGUCUCAUUAUUGGGCAAAAUUUCAACAUCAUUUGGGGAAUUCAGGUCUACAAGGUGGAUGCUUCAAAUCUUCAAGCCUAUCAGCUCCAUAAUCACUUUGGAUUUGAUAUUUUCGUUAUCCUAAAGGCAGUUUUUGACGUUUCUGAUACGAUCGGUCGUCAAUUAACAGAAAUGAUGAUUCACGGGCUCAUGGAGCAGCAGACCAAAAACAAUGAGGAAAUUUGCAACAUUUUGAUUAGAAAAAAUCACAAUUCAAUUGUGGCAAAAUCUGAAUCGAGUGAGCCCGAAAAGUCUACAUAG